UCGUCGUAUGCGACCGGCCAAUUAAGACAGUAACGUAUGAGAACUGGGGUUUGGUUUGGAAUUUGGAGCAUUGCUUUUCGUUUUCAAGUAAGCGUAGGUGUCCUUGAAUCUAAGUACAAGUAAAUGGGGAGGGCUGUUUAAUUCUAGAGUUACAGUUAAAAUGUGAAACCUGGAAGAUUUUUCUACAUUGUACUGUAGUUUCCUAUGGCAUCCAAACCCAUCUUCUUCCUUAUUUUCAUCUUCUUCCUUUCUUCUCAAUCCCACUUCUCCGGUGCACAAACUUGGAUUAAAGGUGGUUACUGGUACGCUAAUGGUGAAUUCCCCAUACAAGACAUAAAUUCAGCUUUGUUCACUCAUCUUUCAUGUGCCUUUGCUGAAGUGAACGCCUCAAAUUAUCAGCUCUCUAUCCCCUCUGCCUCCGAACAAUAUUUCUCAACGUUUGCAACCACAGUCAAACGAAGAAAUCCAUCGGUUAAACCACUGUUAUCCGUCUGGAAUGGGAUAUCCGCAACAGGGAAAUCUAUAUCAGGUGAAAAGGUUAACGACUCAGUUUUAUCUUCAAUGGUCUCAACAUCUUCUACAAGGAAGUCUUUCAUUGAUUCCUCCAUGAAAGCAGCUAGGCGUUAUGCUUUUCAAGGAAUAGACUUGUUCUGGGUUUGGCCUAACAGCACAGAUUUGUCCAAUAUUGGUGUUUUAUUAGAUGAAUGGCGAGCUGCCAUUAACUCAGAGCCUAGAAAACCAGGUGAGUCGCCAUUGAUAUUAACAAUAGCCAUUCGUUAUUUGCCAACAAUUGGAACGGUAACUUAUCCAAUCGAUUCUAUAAGAAGAAACGUUGAUUGGGCACAUGUUGUGGCAUAUGAUUACCAUUUGCCAACAAGGGAGAAUUUUACAGGCGUCCAUGCUGCUUUGUAUGAUCCAUCUAGUAAUGUUAGUACAGAUUUUGGCAUCAGUGAAUGGUUAAAUAAAGGAAUGCUACCAAGCAAACUGGUUUUGGGUUUGCCUUACCAUGGAUAUGCAUGGAAGUUGGUGAACAGCCAAGAUAAUGCAGUUGGUGCACCGGCUUCGGGUCCAGCGGUCACCAUGGAUGGUUCCAUGGGGUACAAAGCCAUUCAAUCUUAUAUUCGAGAUUAUGGUUAUGGAGCUGCUAGUGUAUACAAUGCAACUUAUGGAGUGAAUUUGUUCACUUCCCCAACAAUUUGGAUCAAUUUUGAUGGAGAGGAGGCUGUCCGAGCCAAAAUUUCCUAUUCAAAGGAUAGAAAACUCGCCGGUUUCAAUGCAUUUCAGCUUUCGAAUGACGACAACUGGAUGCUCACACGGGCAGCUCAAGAGGGAGAAAAUCAAGGAAACAAGAAGCAUUUGUUGCUUAAAAUCAUCCUUCCAGUUUCUCUGAUUGCUAUCAUUGCAGUGGUGGCUAUGCUGUAUUGUUUGCGAAGAAGAAAGGUUAAAUCAGAAGGGGAAAUGGCUUUAGGAACCAUUCCUAGCCCAAGAGUUAACUUAUCAGCUGCUGAAAGUUUUGGCAGUUAUGCUUCUCAUUUGCAAGUGUUCAAGUUUUCCAACAUCAAAGCAGCUACAAAUAAUUUCUCGAGUGCGAAUAAGCUUGGAGAAGGUGGCUUUGGUCCCGUAUACAAGGGCAAGUUACCUAGAGGGCAGGAAAUUGCAGUGAAGAGACUUUCCCAAACUUCGACUCAAGGAGCUGAGGAGUUCCAAAAUGAGGUUACAUUGACAGCCAGGCUUCAACAUGUAAAUCUAGUAAGGCUGUUGGGAUAUUGCACUGAGAAGGAGGAAAAAAUGCUGAUAUAUGAAUACAUGCCAAAUAAAAGCUUAGAUCUCUAUCUCUAUGAUCCGAUCAGGCGGUAUGUUUUAGAUUGGGAAAAGCGUGUGCACAUCAUUGAAGGGAUCAUUCAAGGACUGUUGUAUCUUCAAGAAUAUUCGAAUAUUACGUUGAUUCAUCGGGAUCUAAAAGCUAGUAACAUAUUGCUGGAUUACGAUAUGAACGCCAAGAUAGCAGAUUUUGGGAUGGCUAGACUUUUCAACAAGGAUGUAAAUGAAGCAAACACUGAUAGAAUUGUUGGAACAUAUGGCUAUGUUCCUCCAGAAUAUGUGAGAAAAGGUAUAUACUCCAUUAAGUAUGAUGUUUACAGCUUUGGAGUUCUUCUUCUGCAAAUCAUAAGUGGCAAGAGGAACACAUGCUAUUAUGGCCCACAGGAGAGCUUAACCCUUCUUGAAUAUGCGUAUGAACUGUGGGGCGAUGAUAGAGGCCUCGAGUUUAUCGAUACAUCACUUGAUGAUUCAUCUUCGACUUGUAAAAUCAUGAGAUGUAUGCAAGUCGCUUUGCUUUGCGUGCAAGAGAAUCCAGAUGAUAGACCAACCAUGUUAGAAGUGUUCAGCAUGCUUAAAAAUGAUUCUACUGCGGCUACUACUCCUAAAAGACCGGCUUUCUCUGUGAAAGCAGAUAAAAAUACAGGAAGUACGUCCGCAUCACAACAAGAAAUUUGCUCAUUCAAUGAUCCACAGAUUUCAGAAUUGGAGCCCCGGUGAGACUGCCUACUAUCAUGGAAGAUGGAAUUGCAGUAGGGCCAGGAGAUGAUGGGGUGUUAACGUGUAUGGAGGUAUAUGAGUUUUUUUUUUUUUAAGAUUGUAAUAUGACCACGAGGCAGUAUGUGUCUGGUUCAAAUCUAGAUGAAUUUACACACACUAUAGACAACAUUACUCGGAUUUAGAUUACCUGGAGAUAACAAUAUUUUCUUUUAUUACUGGGAUCAUUCUUUGAGUUAAGAAGUAGAGGAGUUCAAUAAGAAGAAUGAUGCCAUUAUAGAACAUGCCAUGGAUAGUGUGUCAACAUAUUCUUAUGUCGGUUCAACUUGGGUUGGGUAUGAUAAUUAUAUAACUGUAACGCCCUAAAUUCCGGGUAAC